AUGGCGCCCAAGCGCAAGGCUGAGACCUCGGCCGCGCAGGACAGGAAGAAGGCGAAGGCGAGCCAGGCGGUUCAGGAGUCGAACGCAGAAGCUGGCAGGUCCACCGUGAACGACUGGAUGGACAAGAACCCAUCUAAGAUCGCUGAUCUGGCGCUCUGGUUGAUGGGGGGCGGCUUCAAUGUUGAAGCCAAGGAGAAGGUUGAGGGCGAGAUGUCGCGCGGGACCCUGGCCAUUGCAGAUCUCCCUAAAAAGUGGAUGAAGGACUUCCUUGGGAAGCUAGAGCCCGCCUUGGACGGCGACCUGAUGCAGACGAUCUACGAGAAUGACCCUUCGAAGAUCCUGGCAUUGUGGAAGCUGGCCCAAGCGAUCCCCAACGAAGAGCCUGAUGGCAAACCGUCGAAGAUCGCGAAGUACUACCCCAGGAACUACAUCGGCCUGGAGCACGUUGCCCACCUGCGCUACACGGCGUUCGGUUACCGCCUGAGGCGUUUCGCGAAGCUGAUUGCUGAUAUGAAAACGAUGUUCGAGGAGUGCGAUAAGAAGCAGAUGAAGGAGCUCGUCGUGUCUUUGUGCAUCGACAGCGUCGGCGUGUGGGCCGUCAAGGCCAGGCUGACCGAGUUGGGCGACGAGACGGGCGAGAUCGACCUGGUGCAUCCGUCUGGACUUCGGGUCCCUUGCGAGAAGGCGCUGGGCAUCGACAUGAACUCAAUCUUUACCUGCAACUUGUUCGACAAUGGCGCCACCGUGACCAACUCCCUCGGCCUGAACAUCAAAGUGGUGGACAUUCUGAACCGUGCGUCGGUCAAGUUGCCACGUCCAGACACCACGUUGUUCAUCAAGGCUGGUUGGGAUGUAGUGAAGGGCGAGGAUGUCAGCCCUUCGAAGUCGGCGUCCUCCGUCGGCGCAGGUAGCUCCCCGCAGCUCGCCAUCGGAGAUGGCCCACGCACCCCUGCUUUGCUCGAUCGGGCCUCGGACGCGGUUUCGACAGCCGAGUCUCCAGGGCCCGCGGUCAGCCCUCAGCCUGUUGCAGAUGACAGUCAGACCCAGACUCAGAGCUUACCAAAUGUCUCGCCACCCCCCACGCCGCCGCCGCAAAUUUCGAGGAGCAUGUCCUUGGGCGUCGAGUCCACUGGCGAGCUCAAUUUGGACGACUUC